AUGAACAACGAACCUGGUGCUUCGAGUAUCACAUCAGGUGGUCGAGAAAGAAGAAGUUCGGGUGUGUCUAAAAGAUGUUGGUGUGGGGAAGUAAUCAUCCCAAGAACAUUGAAGUCUGAUGCCAAUCCGUACCGUAGAUACUAUCGGUGUGCAUUUGCCGUAGAGAAAAAGCUGUCAAAUGAUAACCACAUUUUCAAGUGGGUCAAUGAGGCAUUGUUGAAUGAGAUUGAUGCAUUGACAAUAAGAACUGAAAAACUUGAACAAGUGGUGGCAGACAUUACGAGUAGGUCUAUGGAGGCAGAGAAGAAGAUGUUUGAAGAUCUCCAAAUGAAGCUAGAGAAAGAGAAUUUUGAAAGAGUGGAAGAAGUUAUAGCUGAAGCUAAAUCCGAGAUGAAGAAAAUGGCGUUACUUGUUGAUGCUUUGCUUGUAAGUAGUAAGCUUGUAGGAAGCUUGUAG